AUGUCAGGAUCAUUCUCCGCGCCUGCGCAGGUCCACACCUUCGAUGGUCUGCUUUCCGACUUUGACGGCACAAUUAUUGAUUCAACUGAUGCAAUUGUGAAGCACUGGCACAAACUUGGUGCGGAGCUAGGCGUCGACCCCAACGUUAUCCUUGCAACCUCACACGGCCGCCGCAGCAUCGACGUGAUCGGUAUAUAUGACCCGAGCAAAGCGAACUGGGACUACAUCAACGAGAUAGAAGGCCGCGUCCCUAAAGAAUUCGGCUCCGAUGCCGUCGAGAUCCCCGGCGGUCGCGCCCUCCUCGCAGCCCUCGAGGCCUCCGGUGCACGAUGGGGAGUUGUAACAUCUGGCACGCGUCCCCUGGUUGACGGCUGGCUGGAAGUAGUCAACCUCCCGCACCCUAAGAACCUGGUGACAGCAGCCGACGUGCCGCUCGGCAAGCCGGACCCACGCUGCUACUUGCUAGGCCGGGAACAGCUGGGUCUCAAAGAUUCAACCUCGAUCGUCGUGCUCGAGGAUGCGCCGUCUGGCAUCAAGGCCGGCAAAGCUGCUGGGUUCAAGGUGAUUGCGCUGAAGACGACACAUUCUCUGGAGCAGCUUCAGGAGGCUGGUGCCGAUUGGAUCGUCGAGGAUUUGAGGAGCAUCUCGGUCAAGGGUGUCGUUGAUGGCCGGGUGCAGCUUGAGAUCAAGGAUGCAUACCAGUGA